UUACCUUUGAACAGGAGUUGGUGUGGGACUCCCACAAUGGGUUCAUACAUCUGAACCUCGAUAGAAAACCUUUGACUGUAUAACCAUCAUCUCAUUUUUCAUUGGUAUGUAACUUUUUUGGGGUUUGUAACUUUGCCAGCACUGGUGCAACCUCAGAAGGUACUUAAGAAGAAGUUGUUUAAACCAAUAUGGAGAAGUUGAGACAACAACAGAGCCUUGAAAAGCUUUUCUAAAUCUCAGCAUCAAGCCCAAUUCAAGGGUUGCUGUCAUUCUCUGGGGAAUGAAGCCAAACUGGCAGGGCCAGCUCAGUUACUCAGCUUUCUGUGUGUGGAACAACAUCUGAGCUGUCCCCAGCAAAGCUCCAGGAAGUAAUCCCUGCUUUUAAAUGACAGGUGGAAGGACUGGAAGGACACAUUUCUGGUAGAAUUGGAUGCUGCUGAUGUGAUAUUUGAUUUAAUGACAAUUUUAUUUAUUGCUGGUGUUUUCUGUUGAUCUAGACCUAGAUGUAUUUGAAGGUGAAAUGGCAGUACUUGCUUAGUUUAAAUAAAUAAAUUCUGUAAAUUUAAUGAGAGACUUAAGAAGGGAAUAUUUCUACACAUAGUUAAAAAUAAUUAUUGCAGGUGCUUUGAGUGAAAAGAAAAAGAUCAUUCCAGGUUUGGAUGGGGCUUGGAGCAGCCUGGUCUGUGGACAUGGCAGGGGGCUGGAACUGGAUGAUCCUUAAGGUCCAGCUCAACCCAAACUGUUCUGGGAUUCAGCUGGAUGUGUUUUCUUCAUGAAAUGCAGAGAUUAACUUCUGGUUUUCUUUCAGGAGGACUCUGCUCCUGUCAGCACAGCUCUGUUUCACUGCUCCCUGGGUGAACAGGUGAAGCCAGCCUAGAGAGGGACUGCACUCACCUUUUCAUGAACGUCAAAAAACAGGUUCCACUUGUCAGUCAUUGAUCUUUUUAUUGCCACUGAGCUUGUUCUCAAAAUCCUGCUCUCAUGAUGGCCUAAACCUCAUUUUUGAGGCGUUGUUCUGUGUGGAUGUUCCAAUGGCAGAGGAGCACUGCCACGGCCUCCUACCCGGCAGAGCUGCUCCCCAGAGCCAGAGGGAUGGUGGUAGUCACGGGGCAGAACAAAGUGAGUGCCACCCCGGAUGAUGCCAUGUCGAGCUCGGAUGCAGAGGAUGAUUUCCAAGAGCCGGCCACUCCCACCGCCACCCAGGCAGGACAAGCGCUACCUCUGCUGCCCCAGCAGUUCCCAGAAGUUGUCCCACUGAACGUGGGGGGGAUGUUCUUCACCACCAGACUGUCCACGCUGCGCAGGUACGAGGACACCAUGCUGGCAGCCAUGUUCAGCGGCAGGCACUACAUCCCCACGGACGCCGAGGGCAGGUACUUCAUCGACAGGGAUGGCACCUACUUCGGAGACAUACUAAACUUCCUACGAUCUGGUGAGCUGCCCCCCCGAGAGCGAGUGAGGUCAGUGUACAAGGAAGCUCAGUAUUAUUCCAUAGGACCCUUGCUAGACAAUCUAGAGGAUAUCCAGCCUCUUAAAGGAGAAAAAGUUAGACAAGCUUUCCUGGGCCUAAUGCCAUAUUACAAAGACCACUUGGAGCGGAUCAUCGAGAUAGCCAAGCUGCGAGCCAUGCAGAGGAAGGCGCGCUUUGCCAAGCUGAAGGUGUGCGUCUUCAAGGAGGAGAUGCCCAUCACUCCCUACGAGUGCCCCCACUUCAACUCCCUGCGCUUCGAGCGCAGCGAGAGCGAGACCAAGCUCUUUGAGCACCACUGCGAGGUGGACGUGUCCUUCGGGCCCUGGGAGGCCGUGGCCGACGUCUACGACCUGCUGCACUGCAUCGUCACCGACCUGUCCGCGCGCGGCAUCACCGUGGACCACCAGUGCAUCGGCGUGUGCGACAAGCACCUCAUCAACCACUACUACUGCAAGCGCCCCAUCUACGAGUUCAAGAUCACCUGGUGGUGAGCCAAGCAAAGGGCCAAAGGGCUCCCAGAGGACAAGUGUGCUUUCAAGGUCGCCUGCUGGUGAGUGUGGUGGCACAUCGAGGGGUGAAAGGACUCCCAGAGGACAAAUGUUCUUUCAAGGUUGCCUUGUGGUGAGUGUGGUGGCACAUCGAGGGGUGAAAGGACAAAUGUUCUUUCAGGAUCAUCUGGUGGUGUGGUGGCACAUCGAGGGGUGAAAGGACUGCUAAAGGAUAAAUGUUCUUUCAAGAUUGCCUGGUAGUGAGUUGUGGUGGCACAUCGAGGGGUGAAAGCACUCCUAGAGGACAAAUCUUCUUUCAAGGUCACCUUGUGGUGAGUGUGGUGGCACAGCAAGAGGUGAAAGACUUCUAGAGGACAAAUGUUCUUUCAAGAUCGCCUGGUGGUGAGAGUGGUGGCACAGCAAGGGGUGAAAGCACUCCUAGAGGACAAAUUCUUUCAAGGUCACUUUGUGGUGGCUGUGGUGGCACAUCGAGGGGUGAGAGGACUCCUGAAGGACAAAUGUUCUUGGCAGUUGCCUUGCUGCUCACAUUCCCUGGGAUCAGCCUGCUGGCAGGGGUUGGGAACACCUCUGGAAACUUGAAAAACCAGCCUGAAAUCAGACUGUUGGCUCAGGUACCUUAACGAGGCACAAAACAAAAUCACCUCAUGCAAAGGGUGGAGGGGAGUGGCUGAACAUCUGCUGAAAGGUGCCACCAACCACGUGGCUUCAGGAUGGAAUUGCAGAUUUUUCCUGCAUUUUUGGCAAUCUGGGGUGCUACUAAAGCUGACAUUUCAGUUUUACCCUCUUAGAAAUGUUUUAGUUCCUCCUUCAGCUUUAUAAAGUUUGAGUCACACCCAGCACAAAGAUCUGGAAAUGUCAUUUUGAUGUACUAGAUAACUAAAAAAAAAAGGAAUAUUCCUUAUAUAUUAUUAAUUGUUGUCAGGAUUAAGCUGUAUUUCUUUUUAAAUUAAGAAUCUAUGUUGUGAAUUAUAAUGUUGUACUUCAAUUAUUUCUGUUGUUAUCAAAAGGAAUAGCAGAUCUGGAAUAUAUUCCUUAAUGCUUUUAGGAAUAAUAACUGUUCAUGGAAGACUUGUGCCUGUUUUUAGCCUUAGAAAUUUUAAAUGUUUACAAUAUCUACAAAAAAAAAGCUCUUUAGAAUCAGGUCAUUUGCAAAGGCUUUUGGUAAAUGAGAAAACCCUGUCUGUAUCUUCCUAUCAGCAGUAGUAAGAGGAAUAUUUAAUGUAUAUUAUUUUAUUACUGACUCUUUUUACAUUCUGUGAUAUUAAACUUUAUUUUAGACUUAAAGUCAGAUGAUAUUAGACAAGUGCUUCCUUCACCUCACCUUUUUCAGACAAUUAAAUCUUAAUUUUACCUUUCUUCUUGACCCUUCUUGGUGUCAUAGAAGGAAAAACAAAAUUCAAACUUCAUAUGCAGAUACUUCUCCACUCUAAAGCAGUAGGAAAUUCCUUUCCAUGCUGGAAGAGGCAGCACUGCAGAAUCAGAUUUUCUUCAGAAGGUCAUUUUUGUACUUCUGACAUGAGCAACCACAUCCCAAAUUUCAGCUACUGAAUUCAGCCCAAAACUGAGAGGGAGAAAAGUCUGCAAAUCUUAUUGUUUUGUGAGGUACAGAAAACCCCAACCUCCUUGAAGGGGCUUCCAAAUAAUCUUAAAGAGAAAGAAAAGUAAAUAUUUGUAUAUUGCAUUCCAUUGGAUUAAUUAAUCCAUAGCUAUUGCUUCAUUAAACUUCUGACCAAAACUCUUCAGAAACAUUAAUGACAGUGAUCAAAAUUCUCUGUUUUCUAAGACAAUUUUAAAAAUAACUCCAAGAACUUAAGGAUCAAAUUGUCUUGCAAAGAAAGAGACUUUUUUUUUUGCCUUGUCACCCUUUUAGAUAUUUAAUUUAGGAAUGGAAUUGUCUCUCUGAGGUGAGCUCUGCAAUCCCUGCACAGAUCAUUGUCAAGUGCCGAGUUGCAAGGGCAGGGAGAAAUUUGCAUAGAGGGAGUUCUGCACAUUUGGAUCUAAAUUUAAGUUUCAAUUGUUUCCUGAAAUAAUGGCCUUGGUGUUACAGGUUCUUGGAGUUCUGUUUGGCAACCCAGAAUUAAAAAUUAAACUGAGACUGAAGUUUCCCUGCAAGGAGAGGAAGUUCUGCUUGGUUUCUUUGCUGCUUUGCUGCCUUCAUUUUUUCUUUCUUCCCAAGGAUUCUAAACUGCAAACCACAAUUUCUUAGAAAAUUAAAGAACACCUUAAAGCUGAGCCUUACAAAGUUUUGGCUGCUUGUGCACUUCAGUUAUUUAAAUUUGGGAUUUUCAGAUGUUCAGAAUUACAGAUAUUCAGAAUUAUAGAUAUUUCAGAUGUUCAGAAUUACAGAUAUUUACAAUUUCAGAUUACAAUGAGAACUGCAGUUUUACUGGAAUUCUCAGUGGGUUUUUUUACCACUUCCCAUAAUUGUAUUUACAGAACUCUGUAAAUGUUGAAAUUCCAGCACUCUUUGCAGGAAUGGAUCACAAUUUGAUUUUUACUGUGUGUUUUCUGCUUUGGCUUUAGGAAUUUCCCUGCUGUUAUUCAGGAGAAGCUGUGAUGACAAAAUUCCUGUUUCAGUCAUUUUGUUACUCCUUAAUAUUUUGGAUUUUGUAACUUUUUCCUGUUCAUUGCUUAAACAAUUAAGGAAGGCAACCAGCCAAAAAGAGAAAAUGAAAAGCUUGGUCUGUAUCAGCUGUCUUAAUCAAAGUUCUCAUCCUCCUGAAGACAUUAAGUGCAAUACUGGGAAGGAAAACAUGAAUUUAAGCCCACAGGUUUUAAUUAGCGCUGGGAUUUGUGAUUUGUUCAGGUUAACAAUAUUUUAAUUGUUCCAAGCAGUCUUUGUUUACAAUGAUUUAGCUGCUCUUGCCCAGCCUGUGCUCAUUUUUUUGCCAGAAGCAGAAGAAUUGUGCAGGUGGAUGGCAGGGGAGUGUGAUCUAAAACUGGGCUGUGGAACGUCAUUGAUUCUCUUUUCUGGGCCUGGAGCUUUUGAAAUUCUACAUUUGCAACAAAAAUGGGAGUGGCUGAUCUGCUAAAAUCCAUGUUUGAGAGGACUGAGGAUUUUUGUAUAGAAUUGUAUCAUUAAACUAUGGAAUACUGAUUUUUUUUUCCUUUUUCUUUUUUUUUUUUCUUUCUUUUUUUUUUCCAUUUCCUUUAGGACUUUUCUUUACAUCUGGGCACGUCAGAGUUUUGCUAAUCCACAUUUUUCUGUGCUCCCUUAGCUUUUUUGCCACUUUAUCCUCUACCCAACCUCCACUUUUCCACCCUCACACUCCCAAAUCCCUGUGUUUGUGAGCAGUAAAUUGUCUCCUGUCCAUUUGAAUAUUGGAUGAAUGCUGGGACAGUUGAGGGAUAUUUAUUUAAAAUUAGAAUUGUCAACUAUUUUUUACAUUGCUGUGUGUGAACAAAAACAUGACAAGGCCAUUUUUUUUUAACAUUCCCUUUAUAUCCAUUGUGGAGAGGUUUUUAUCAGGGAACAAAGGGAGCUCUCAUAUGAAGUGAGUUUGGCACAUGAAAUGUUUCUGCAUCUGGUUUAUGCUUGUGAAAUAGGAAGGGGAAAAAACAAGAAAAUAAUAAUAAUAAUAGGAAAAUAAGAAGAAGGAAAAUUAUCCUUAUGAAGCACUCAAAAAUGACAUGAAAAGGUGUUUAUGUACAGCAGCCACUUAAUGGCUGCUGAGCUCAAGAGUUUAAAAAAAAAUCUAAAAAUAAUUUUGGACUUGGUAUAGACUUUUAACUUGAAUGCCCAGUGUUCUGCACAGGAAUCUGAAAUAUUCCUUGCUGACCUCCCAUCCUCCUCAGAGGAAAGGGAAGGUGCUGCCAGCUUUGGCCUGGGAAGCCUUUGUGCCAUAAACAGAUCCUCUGUGCUCCUUGUGGGGCAUGUGCUGGAUUUUUAUUUUUAUUUUAACCUACAAUGAGGGAUCAAUUGGUUUUUUUCCCUCUAAAAAGCUAAUUACUGAUAUAAUUAAAGGUUUUGUAUCUUCAUCCUCACUGCUCAUUGUUUGGAGAUGACAGGGGACGUGAUGAGGGGGAUAAUGGAAGUGGCAGCAGGGAAGAAUUCCUGUCAGAGCUGCUUGUUCCCACUGCAGAGCUGCUCUUUGUGUUUGCAUUCUGCUCUUGGUUUUUGGGGCACAGAACAUCCCCCCAUCUGUGUGUAAAUCCAUGGAGUUGUGGUUCUGGGAGACAAAAGGGUGAGAACACCCAGGGCUGUGGAUUGCAGAGUGACAAGUGAGUCUACAGGGCCACACUGCUGGGAUCUGGUUUGCAGCACCUCGAUGUCACAGCUUCUCUGUGACAUUUUCUUGUUUUCUGUGACAUUUUCUAUUUUCUGCAUGGCAAAGCAGAGUGCUCACUUGGGGAAAAACUGCCUGGCAGGUAAGGGGAGACUUCAGAGCAGACACCACAAAAAAAUGAUCCCUUAAUGCAUUCCAAACUCUGGGACAGAUUUAUUGAACAUCUUUUAAUGACUGCUUUACCCUGGACACUUUGUAGACCCCACUGGCUUUAAGUUGUGGUUGCUAUUACUGAGCCCUGAAGAGGACCCAAGAUAGUUCUAAAUUUUGGGCUAUGA